UCCUCAGUACGACGCUAAAUAUUGCUGGACGCGGACGCCGCAUCCGCUAGCUUCUCUCGCCGCGCCUAAAUUCUUAUCUCUUAUCAGUAUAACUAACAUGAUACACCGCAUUACCUCACGAGCACUGAUAGUGUGUGAUACGCGAUAAACGAUUUAUUCCUUCGAACAUUACUCAUUAUCAAAUCAUCAAUCUCUAUUGUCCAUUCGGAUAUGUGAGCACAAUUUCCAAAAGUUUUGUAAAGUGCGCCAGAGGAACUAAACAAUGAAGGUGUUAUUGUUGGUUGUAUUUUGCGUCGCGUCAGUGAAAUGUCAGUGCAGCACAAAAGAAAGUUUGAAUAUAACGAGCGGGGAACUAUUCUCCAAUGGUUCAGUGUUACACGACGGCAUCGAAUACGUGAAGUCAUCCUGGUAUGAGGUCGUGGAAGAUGGAGUGUCUUCCCUGAUGGGUUGCCCGUGCAUUGGCCGCGUUUGUUUGUGGAAGUGCUGUCCAAACGGGCAGUCUCUGAAUUUUCUGAGGAAAUGCCAGGACUCUGACACGUUGGGCGUGGAAAGCUUCUUCAGCCCACCUGUGUUCAAGGGGGUGGAUCGAGUUAACGUGUUGGCACACGAAAAAUUCUUCUACAUAUCCAACAUACUCUGCGACGAAAAGUACAUGGUCGAUCCUUCAUUACCUUACGAGGAAUUUUACAUUCAAGAGAAUGCUACCCUCUACGAGGUGUCGGCAGGGCGUCAGCAAUGGCAUGACCCAAUCCUGUACUGUGUGGACAUGUUGACUGACAACACGACCGAGAAGCCGCGCGCGAUCGCUGCGGUCUGCUACCCUGAGAUUCAGGAAGGCGACAGCCCUGUGCUGUACAUCGCAUACGCUAUAGGUCUUCUGCUGUCAGUGCCGUUUCUGCUGGCCACGUUUCUGGUGUACGCAUUCAUCCCAGACCUGCGUAACCUGCACGGCAUGUGCCUAAUGUCGUACUGCGCUGGCCUGAUGGUGGCUUACAUUUUCCUGGCGUACCUCAAGGUGCAGACAGGGCAGAUAGGAGUGGCUAUGACUGGCUGUUACGUCAUUGCAUUCAUCGUGUACUACAGCUUCCAAUCCAGCUUCUUCUGGCUCAACGUUAUGUGUUUUGAUAUCUGGAGGACAUUCAGUGGCUACCGAGGCGGCAGUUCUCACAAGCGACGUGAAAACCGGAGGUUCGCUCUGUACGGCGCAUAUGCAUGGGGGAUCCCCCUAGCGUUGGCGGCUUGUACUAUUGGAAUGCAGUUCGCCGAACUACCCUCUGGGAUCAUCAAGCCCGGAUUUGGAACUAGAAGGUGCUGGUUUGAAAACUGGCUUAGCGAGAUGGUAUACUUCUUCACGCCAGUGUUGAUAUUGGUGGUAUGCAACGUGGUACUGUUCUCCAUUACGUCAUACCGCAUCCGCUCCAUCAGGCAGGAGACGGCCAUCUUGAAGGGAUCGGAGUCUGCUAGGAGCGACAAACUCAAGAAGGAUAAGCAGAGAUACGGCCUCUACGUAAAGCUGUUCGUGGUAAUGGGCGUGAACUGGACAGUAGAGCUGAUCAGCUUCGCCGUGGGAGGCUCCAACUGGUACUGGAUCCUGGUCGACAUCUCCAACAUUGCUCUGGGCUUCUUCAUCUUCUUCAUCUUCGUUUGGAAGAAGAAGGUGCGCAAUUUGGCUGCGAAGAGGUUCCGCACCAUGUUCGGAAUGGCGACAACAGCACCAGACAUGCGCAAGAGUCCUUGGACGAGCAGCACACACACGGAGGACACGCGCGUGUCAGCCUCCGCCGACGACCCCAGCAUGAGGUUGAAGGAUCUACGCUGAUCAGCGAGAUCCCGACGCGCAUGACAUCAUGACACAAUGGAGACGAAGAAUUCUCAUGAAUGCAAUGAACACGAUUACGUUGUGAAUUCUAGUCUAUAUUUUGAAUUUAGGAAACAUUUCCUCUAAUAAAACUUGUUUGUUGUUCGUGUGAAGUAGGUACCACCAAUUGGUAAUUAAGAAGUCUAUUGAAUUAAGUACAAAUAAGUUAUCAUUAAUAAAUUAAGCGAACUUAACUUUCUGUUAGUGUUAAGCUAACAUUUUUUUAAUAUGUAAUUUUAUAUGUAGUAAAUACUGUUAGAUACUUAACUGUUGUAGGAAAUUAUCUUUUAAUUUUUAAGGAAAUUAUUAUAAGCUUUAAAGCUAGACCAAUAGUACAAGCUUUGCUUAGUUUGGGGCUAGUUGCGCAGUGUAAAUGUCCAAUUGCAAAAAUCAACUGGACGAACCGAAAUAAGUAGGUACCUAUGCUGUACCUAAUAGUAGGUAUACAAGCAAGUAUAGUAAUACAUUGUAUACCUACUAUAUUUACUUACUUUUAUUAAAUACAAAUAUUCUCUCUACUAAAUAUUUUUAAGUUUAUCUGCCUUCGCUGUGUUGAUAAAUUAAUAUUUUUAUGAAGUUUGUAGAUAAGUUUUCAAGUGAAUGAUAGUUAAGUAUGUAAGUUAUACGUAUGUAAGUAAAUAUAGUUUGUUAUUAUACCUUGAUUUUUUAGAAUCCAGCAGAGAUGUAAACAAACACUUUCAUACACAAUUACACCAUAAUCACUUACGUGUUCAUAAUAUCAUACACAUUAUUUAACAAGCCCAUGAAACCAACUUUAUUUUCACGUUUUUACAAGUUUGAAAUCAAUCUUUGAAACAAAUUAUUUUAGCAAAAUACGUGGACGAUGAAAAUUUGUGAGACUUGUCAAAUUGACUUGACGUUUAAAAUCAUGUGUUAUCUCCAUAUUGUCUAUGACUUGUCUCUGACACAUCAGUGCUGUAACCUGUGACUCAUAGACAAUAAUUUGUAAAUUUAAUCGAUAUUAUUUUAAGUAUUCACUUAUUCCGAUUACUGAUUAAUUUUAAAUAAAAAAUAUACGAUACUUUGUUUACUUUUCCAGCGAUAACUUCGACAAUAUUGGAGAUAACGUAAAAUUAUUUUUCUACAUUUAGUGUAUACUUUUUCGGAGUCAGUUUAAUUUUUAGUCGGUUUUAUUUAAACGAAAUUAUUUUACUUUUUUAUGCAAUUAUGCUUACGUAUUGUUCCAUUGCUUAUUUUCCUAUAUAAGUAAAUAAAAUAAAAGAAAAUAAAAAUCUUCUUUCAAUGAGGGUUUUCGCGAUUGAAAAAUCCGCCAGAUGGCAAAACGUAGAUGCGAGGUCCAAAUGCUGCGUGAUUGGUGGAUUUGGACAUAUCUGUCAAUGUCAUGUCAAAAAUAACCAAUCGUGCAGCAUUUGGACCUCGCGUCUACGUAUUGCCAUCUGGCGGAUUUUUCAAUCGCGAAAACCCUCAUUGAUAGCAUCUUAAAUUACCUCCCUAGUGGAAUAGAGCAACAAAGAACUGAGCGAGCGAGAUGUCACUAGUAGCAACACUGUCAAACAGAACUUUUAGCAACUAUUUGAAGUUUAAUAACUUUACGGAUAUCAUUGAUUAUUUUACUGUCCAGUGUGUUUUUUGAUUACAUCUGUGCAUACAGUUUGUUUCCUGUUCUCGAAAAUUUCAUAAUCAGUUCACAUUCAAUGUUGCGACUUUGUUGCAUAUUUUUAGUAUUUUGACGAUCACCCGGCGAUGAUACGCAAGUACUACAAUAAUUUCACUUCGCGAUUAACGAGAGGUUUUGUCGCAUCACUAGUUCACAGACUAAAAAUAUUUUUAUGUCAGUUGGCCAUUUUUGAUGACAUUUCUGCUGAUUUCUAAAAAAUUAGACUGUACAUGCCACCGCUAAAAAUAAAAUGUAACUAUUCUAAGA